AUGACCUGGCAAUUUAAGCUCGCCUCUCAUCUGCGGGCAACUCCGCUGCGAUGCGCUGUUUCCCGGCCGAAUGGUGGUGCCUGGCUGUCGUGCCAUCAGAGCGCCCCGCGCCAUUUGUCCUCCAGGGCAGGCUUACCCGCCAGCUCGGGGCUGAGGGCGCACCCUGACCGCCUCGGCCCGCGUCGUUUGACCUUGGACAACAUCAACCCCCACGUUAAGGCUGCCAAAUAUGCCGUCCGUGGUGAGCUGGCCGUCAAGGCAGAGGAAUAUCGUGUGAAAUUGGAGAAGGGGGACAAGUCGUUGCCAUUUGACAGCGUUAUUUUUGCCAAUAUCGGCAACCCCCAGCAGCUGGACCAGAAGCCCAUCAGCUUCUUCCGUCAGGUCCUCAGUCUUCUCGAAAACCCCACCCUGCUGGAGAACCCCGAGGCUCUUCGUACUACCUUCGGCUACCAGCAGGAUGUUAUUGAGCGGGCCAAGGUGCUUCUUGCGGACGUCCAGAGCGUUGGUGCUUACAGUCACAGCCAGGGUGCCCCCGUCAUCCGUAACAGCGUGGCUAAAUUUAUCGAGCAGCGUGAUGGCUUCCCGGCCAACCCCCAGGACUUGUACCUGACCGGUGGUGCCUCAUCCGGUGUCAGCACUCUUCUCAACAUCAUCUGCGAUGGCCCUAGUGCUGGAAUCCUCGUGCCUAUUCCUCAAUACCCUCUCUACACGGCCACACUCUCUCUCCUAGAUGCCCAGUGCGUUCCUUACCACCUGGAAGAGCACAGGGCCUGGGGUACCGAUGUGAACGCUAUCCGCGAGAACCUGGCGCAGGCCAAGGCUGCUGGCACCGAUGUCCGUGCCAUCGUCGUUAUCAACCCCGGUAACCCGACCGGUGCUUCUCUUAGCGCUGAGGAUAUUAAGGGUGUGCUGGACCUUGCUGCUGAGGAGAAACUGGUGGUGAUCGCGGACGAGGUGUACCAAACCAACGUCUUCACGGGCGAGUUCAUCUCUUUCAAGAAGAGACUUCGUCAGUUGCAGCAGGAAGUGCCCGGAAAGUACGACAAUGUGGAGCUGGCCUCCCUGCACAGUGUUUCCAAGGGCAUGGUUGGUGAGUGUGGUCACCGUGGUGGCUACUUUGAGCUGGUCGGAUUCGACCCUGAGGUCGCGGCUCAGAUCUACAAGUACGUCAGCAUCAUGCUCUGCCCGCCAGUUAUCGGGCAGUGCCUGGUCGAGCUGAUGGUGAACCCUCCUAAGAAGGGCGAGCCCAGCCACGAGGUGUACCAGAAUGAGUACAACGGCAUCCGGGAUGGCCUGAAGAAGCGCGCCUUUGCUUUGUACGAAGCCUUCCAGCGCAUGGAGGGCGUUGAGUGCCAGGAACCCCAGGGCGCCAUGUACCUCUUCCCCACCAUCACCCUGUCCCCUAAGGCCGUUCAGGCCGCCAAGGAUGAGAACCGCGCUGCCGACGAGUUCUACUGCCUCCGUCUGCUCGACGCCACCGGUGUCUGCGUCGUUCCCGGCUCCGGCUUCGGCCAGAAGGAGAACACACUGCACUUCCGCACAACCUUCCUGGCUCCUGGAACGGACUGGGUUGAGCGGAUCGUGAAGUUCCACUCUGAGUUCAUGGCCAAAUACAACUAAGACGGAAGGUUAUACAACCUGUACGCGUUAUGAAGAUAUAGAGCUAUACCAUUUUCUUGUUCACAAAGCAAAGAAGAAUACCAUCUAGGAACGUGUUUAAUUUUUCAAUAGCCUAUUUGAUGCAGCUUUGAUUGUGCGUACAUACAUACCUUCUAUAUUCGAGUAACCCGGACCGAAGCA